CGAAGGAGGAGGAGAAGGAGGAAGCGCGCAGGGCCAACUUGGCUGGGCCAACUCAGCGCCUCAGGCGAGCGGUUUCGAAAGCCGCUUCCCCUUCUUCGCCCCCUCGGAGGCGGCGCCGAGCCGGUUUCAGCGCCCCCCGCCGCUACACACCUGCCAAACCUUCCCCGGCGGCCUUAUGGCAGCCACACCGUCCGCGGCUGCUGCCCUGAGCCGCCUGCGGAGCGCCCUGAGCAGGCGGCGAGGGAGGCUGCCCUGGUGGAGCCGGAGCUGGCCGGGCGCCCCCUGGGGAUGGCCUUCGUGCGGCCGCCUCCUCAGCGGCGGCCGUUGCCUCUCUCAGGCGAGCGCCCACUUUCCGAGGGGGAGCUACGGCGAGGUGUCCAGGAGGGCGGCCGAGGCGCCCGGGGCUUUCUGGGGGGCGCUGGCUCGGGAGGCGCUGCUGUGGGACGCCAUGCACCACACCGACUGCGAGUGGGAUUUCGCGCAGGGCCGCGUCCGCUGGUUCUUGGGCGGCCGCUUAAAUGUGGCGGUUAACUGCUUGGACCGGUAUGCACAACACUCUCCAGAGAGAGUGGCUUUGAUCUGGGAAAAAGAUGAGCCUGGCACUGAAGAGAAAGUUACGUACAGGGAGCUUCUGGAUACAACUUGCCGCCUUGCUAAUACAUUAAAGAAAAAUGGAAUUACAAAAGGGGACCGAGUUGCUAUUUAUAUGCCUGUGUCCCCACUGGCAGUGGCUGCCAUGUUGGCUUGUGCCAGAAUUGGUGCUGUUCAUACCGUUGUCUUUGCUGGAUUCAGUGCAGAGUCAUUGGCAGGGAGGAUCAAUGACUCUGAAUGCAAAGCAGUCAUCACCUCUAACCAGGGAGUCAGGGGCGGACGUGUCAUAGAACUGAAGAAGACCGUGGAUGAAGCUGUAAAGAAUUGUCCAAGUGUCAAGUGUGUUUUUGUGACUCAGAGAACUACCAACAAAAUCCACACGGGCAGUCGUGAUAUUCUCCUUGAAGAAGAGAUGGCUAAGGAGGCGCCAGUUUGUUCCCCUGAAAUAAUGGACAGUGAAGAUAUGCUCUUUAUGCUUUAUACCUCAGGGAGCACAGGAAAACCUAAAGGGAUUGUUCAUACCCAAGCUGGCUAUCUCCUUUAUGCUGCCUUAACGCACAAGCAUGUGUUUGACUACAAGCAAGAUGACAUUUUUGGUUGCGUGGCUGAUAUUGGUUGGAUCACGGGACACAGCUAUGUGGUGUAUGGACCACUCUGCAAUGGUAGCACCACAGUUCUGUUUGAAAGCACUCCAGUCUAUCCUGAUCCAGGUCGCUACUGGGAAACCGUUCAAAGGUUAAAAAUUAAUCAGUUUUAUUGUGCUCCCACUGCAUUGCGAUUGCUGCUGAAGUAUGGAGAUGAAUUUGUAAAGAAGUAUGACAGAUCUUCCCUAACUACACUUGGAUCAGUGGGAGAACCCAUAAACCAUGAUGCUUGGCAGUGGUUCUACAAUGUGGUAGGAGAGGGACGCUGUUCUCUUGUGGAUACUUGGUGGCAAACAGAAACUGGUGGCAUUUGCAUCGCUCCUCGGCCUUCAGAAAAAGGAGCUGAGAUCAUUCCUGCCAUAGCAAUGCGGCCUUUCUAUGGGAUUACCCCCGUUCUGAUGGAUGAAGGGGGAAAUGUUUUAGAAGGCAAUGAUGUCUCAGGAGCUCUCUGCAUAGCACAGCCUUGGCCAGGUAUAGCAAGGACCAUCUAUGGAGACCACCAGAGAUUUGUAGAAACUUAUUUCAAAGCUUACCCAGGUUAUUAUUUUACAGGUGAUGGUGCUUAUAGAACUAAAGAAGGCUAUUACCAGAUAACGGGGCGAAUGGAUGAUGUCCUCAACAUCAGUGGGCACAGACUUGGAACUGCAGAAAUUGAAGAUGCCAUGGAUGAGCAUCCUGCAGUACCUGAAACAGCAGUGAUUAGUUAUCCGCAUGAUAUCAAAGGGGAAGCUGCAUUUGCUUUCAUAGUUCUAAAAGAUGAGAAAGCACAUCCAGAAACGGUUACCAAAGAGCUAAGGGAAAUAGUUGCCUCCAAGAUAGCCAAGUAUGCUGUGCCUGAUCAUGUUCUGGUAGUGAAGCGCCUUCCUAAAACUCGCUCAGGGAAAAUAAUGAGAAGGUUGCUACGGAGAAUAGUGACCGGCAAUGUCAGCGAUAUGGGAGAUAUCACCACACUGGAUGACUCCAGUGUCAUUGAAGAAAUACUUGAUGCAUAUGAGAAGUACAAAAUUAAGCAUCCUACUUUGUAAUGAGAAGCUGUGGGGAUAUGUUCCAUUAGAAACCCCGAGAAACGAAAGGAACCAUCAAAUACGCACAAGUUUUCAUGGAAUUCUGCUUAAUCAUGUGAGGCUCAGAAGAUUCUCCUUCUGAAAAAUAUGUAUAUUACAAUACUGUUUGUGUGUAUUUCACUGCACUUUGCCUUUCUUUGAAACUAUGCAGCAUGUAGGUUAGAUCCUGAUAUUUUGGAUAUCCUGCCUAUCUUUUUUAAUACUUUAUUAAAACCACACAGAGUGGAAACUCCAAAGCAGAAAGCGUUAAUUCAACCUUAAAUCCAGUGCCUUGGAAAUAUUAAUCACUCUUUGAACUUACUCUUGGGGAGAAUGCUCUCUUCUGAGUAACCCAUUAUAUCUUUCUAGAUACUGCAUUCAUUAACAGUGGAGGGACAUUGUUCAUUUAAGUAGAAUAAAUUAUUUUUCAUAUUUUGUGAAAGCCAAUUUUAAUUAGGAAUAACUGAAAGAUAAAAUUUUAAUAAAGAUAUAUAAUAUAUAUUUAUAUGGCUUAAUGAAAAAUGUGUAGAGAAAAAAACAUUUCUUUACCUUACAUGGAACUUAAAAUGACUACAAAAUUAUCAUUUCCUAAAAUUAUAAUCAAACAAAAAUAAAAUUGAAAGGAAUCUUGUUGAAGCUUACCUGGGAGUAAAUUUACAUGUCUGAACUCAUUGAAAGGGUUUGCACAGAACCAAGAAGAAGGGUGGGAGACAAAAAGCCUCAAAGGGG